AUGUCAGACCCACUGCCGCCGCUCAUCACGCUCGAGGAACACUUCAUCGCCCCGGACCUCUUCUCCGAGCUCUCCGACAUCUACGGCGAACAGCUCAAGUACCUCCCGGACGUCGCCGCCCGCCUGCAGGACGUCGGGCCCCUCCGCCUGUCCGACAUGGACGCCAACCGUAUCGCGCUCCAGGUCGUCUCUCACGGCCCCGGCCUGGCGUCGCGACCGCCGGCGCUCAGCCGCCUCGCCAACGACACCCUCGCGCGCGCCGUGCGCGACAACCCAUCCCGCCUGGCCGGGUUUGCCGUGCUUCCGAUGGCCGACCCCGAGGCCGCGGCCGCGGAGCUCCGGCGGUGCGUGCGGGACCUCGGCUUCGUCGGCGCCCUGGUGGACGCCCACCUCGACGGCACUCACUACGACGAUAGGCGAUUCUGGCCCGUCUUCGCCGCGGCGGCUGAGCUCGAUGUGCCCAUCUACCUGCACCCGACCUUCCCGUCGGCGGGCCAGGCGGCGGCCUACGGGGGCGCCUAUGAACCCGGCGCUGCGCGGAGCCUCGGGACCAGCGGGUUCGGCUGGCACCAGGAGACAGGACUCGGGGUGCUGAAGCUCUUCGCGGCGGGGCUGUUUGACGCGGUGCCGGGGCUAAAGCUUAUCAUCGGGCACUUUGGCGAGAUGCUGCCGUUCAUGAAGGAGCGCGUCGACAAGCUCUCGGUGCGAUGGGGCGCGCGGGAGCGGCUGUGGCGGCAGGUCUGGGAGGAGAACAUCUGGGUCACGACGAGCGGGGUAUGGGGUCUCGCGCCGAUGGCCUGCUUGCUGCAGAACACGCGCGUCGACCGCAUCCUGUACAGCGUCGACUACCCCUUUGAGAAGAACGAGAACGGGACGGCGUGGGUGCGGGAGCUGCGGGACAGCGGCAUGGUCAAGCCGGAGGAGCUCGAGAUGAUUGCCUACCGGAACGCCGAGAGCCUCCUGCGGGUCAGGGCGCCGGAUGCUGCCGGUGGGUGGAAGCAGUCAUGA